GAGGAAAGUCGUAAUUUUUGAUGGUGUUCGUUGCUCCUACACAGACUGUGCUCUUGAACGCAUCACAUGUGGUUCGAAGGAGGAUGUUGUUAGCUUCUGGAGUAAACACACUAUUGCACACAUUUGGAGCAUAGAAAGUGAUGGGCUGAAAUCCACCUGCAUUCAAGAUGACGAGACACAGACAGUGCAUCCUGUGUGAAACCGUCUGCUCUUCCAAGCAGGAGAUGGACGAGCACAUGAGGAGCAUGCUUCACCACCGGGAGCUGGAGAAGCUUAAAGGCCGGGACUGCGGACACGAGUGCAGAGUGUGUAAGGUGAAGGUGGUGAGCCUGACCGAUUACGCCGGCCACAUCUCCAGCGCUACGCACAAACAAAACGUGGAGGCGGCGGACAAACAGCGGGCCGGAAACGACCACGACGAGGAAUACUUCGACCAGACUCUGGUGGACUUGAUCGAAAAGAGAAAAGAACAGAUCAGAAAAGAGAAGGAGGCUGCAGCUGCUAGGCUGGCGAAAGAAGAAGAACGGAAAAGAAAGGAAGAGUUUCAGCAGAGGGUAAACCAACUGAAGGAACGUUACCCCCUGGAGCGAAUGUGGCAGGCUCCUCCGCAGGGCUUCGGUGGACCCGGUCACCACAGGUCUUGGCACAGGAGCAGCUAUUAUGAUGGCAGCAGAGAGGAGGCCAGACACUGGCAUCAAAACCAACAGUGGAGGAGUGCCACGUGGCACGCUCAGGAACCCCCCCGUUUACAGAAAUGGGCAACUGUAGAGUUUCCCAAUAAUAGGGUGAAUAGCAACAGGACAUGGGGCAAUGGCGGCCAGCAAAAUCGACUGCCUUGGCUCAGCAAUGGAGGCAGCAGUAAUGGGCUUUAUGGUCACAACAACAUCGCCAGGUAUGCCCCAAGGGCUGGGCCCCACAGUUUCAUGGGGUGUAAUCCUGUAUGUACCAACGCACCAAAUUUUUUAGGCCAGACUUUUACUCGGUUUGAAGGCAAAGGAAACGUCAGAAAUGCUCAGCAGGACGCCAGGUUCCAAAAUGGAGAGGCAUCACUGGCCGACUCAGACUACCAUAGUAAAAACUCUAAGACACUCAGCAGCAAUCCAAAGCUAGACAAAGGCUGUCGCUGGUCACCGUACCCCGUUGCGUCCGGAUCCCACGUAGAGACCCACCAAAGUACGUCAGAGAAACACCAGAUGGCUUCAAAGCCUCGGAAACAGCCCCAAUGUGAGCGCGCACCUGUGGACCCAAGUCUGCAAAACGUGGAAGAGGACGGGAGGCAUUCGAUAAAACCCACAACCCAAACCCACCAUGUCGGUGACGGAAGCUGCAGCGGCACUAAAGCUAACGGUUCUCAGAGAGAUGGCGACCAAAACGGGGCGUCCGGUUUUUCUGGUGAGAAGGCAAAUAAACCACCACUGCAAGUAGAUCAGAAGAGUUCCUCAGUUUCUGCUCAACACAGCAAGACCUCCAGUCAAUCAAAACCAGGUGGGAAGCAAAGUGGGACCAAGGUGCCUGAUGGGUCCCUCACAUCAAGGCAGGAGAAGUGUCUUCCGGAGUCUUUUCGUUCAGUCCGGCAGAUUGGUUUUGAAAGAAAAGGCUCUUUGGAGAGAACACACAACCUUGGGGAGCAACAGAAUCAGGGGGAACCUUUAAAAGAGAGAAGUGCGAGUGAAAGUUCUGGUAAAGCGACAUCUCAGGAAAAAGCUCCGUCGGCUUCUGCAGAAGACGGCACGUUUGUCCAGUCUCUUCACGUGAGCACCUCUACCACAGAAGGAGUAGAGUCUGCUUCUACAGCCGAAAGGGACGAGGAGAACAGGAACAGAGUGGAGACGCAAAGCCCCACUGCGGUCCAGGCCGAGGCCAUGCAGGUUUCCGAGGCCGGGCAGAGCUCGGAGAGCAACGCCGGCAGAACCGGUGAGGCGCACGCCGCCUCGGGGUCGGACGCAACCGCUUUGUGCAAACUCGACCUCCCCCCUGUCCUAAAGCGGGACCUCACCAAGCACAUGAACUCCAAGAGCAAAGCAGCCGGUCACGAGCCAAACUUGAACAUCGCCAGGCGCGUGCGAAACCUAAGCGAGUCGAAGCGCAGCGACACGGAAAAGGAUUCUGGCCUCAAGCCGACCGUGAGGCAACUCAUCAACUUGGCGAGCGCACGCCGCUCUGUGAACUGGGAGCAGGUUUACCAAGAGGUCCGAAAGAAGCAGGACAAAGGGAAAGGCAUGCCAAGGUUUGGGAUUGAGAUGGUGCCACAUGAACAGGAGUCCCAGAGCCAGGAGGAGGACGGUCUACCCCUCAUUGAGGGCUUCCAGUGGGAGUCGCUGAUGGAAAUCACUUCCGAGAGCAAAUCCCGCAAACGCUCCUUGUCAGAAAGCAGUCUCGCACCUGCGGCGCCUCAUUCGUCAGUGUUCGGAUCCUCGAAAUCAGAGGAGACGGUGGAGAAGGAGGAGUCGGGGUCUACACUUCCUUCCGGUUCAGAAAAGCAGGAGCGUCAGCCGGAAGAGGAAGUGAAGAGCCAGAAGGACGAUCUACACUGCACAACGGCGAAGGUUCUCCAGCGAUUUGAUUUGACGCUGGGGGACAGCAGCUCCGGGGCGGAGCAGUACGACGGGACGGGCAAGCGGCGGCGUGCGGCCGGGGACUCUAAAGGAACAGGAUUGAUUUGUUUGGAGCGCGACAGUAAAAGAAGAAAAGUCAAAUCAAAAAGAGAGCGCUUGGAGAUCGACCAGCUGCUUGCAGUGUCUCUGCGGGAGGAGGAGCUGAGUCAGUCCCUGCAGAAUGUGGACGGCAACCUGAUCCAGGCCCGCGCGGCGCUGGAGGCGGCCUUCAUGGAGGUGCAGCGACUCAUGGUGGUUAAACAGCAAAUUACUGUGGAGAUGAGCUCACUGAGAAACAAACGGAUAGACUUGCUUAAAGGGAUGCAAGGUACUAUCGAGGAGGCUCCUGGGACCAACCCGAAAGAAAAACACUUGGAUUCCUUUGGAGCGGAGCCGCUUGAAUCGUCCUCCUGCGUCAAAUGUCCCCCAGCUCCUUCCACCGUCGUUUCCAGUCUGACUCGUGCCGCAGAGUGCGCCUCCCAUCCUUCCUCCAGCCUUCCUACGAACGUCGUCAUUAAGGAGGAGCCCCGGUCUCCGGUCUGCGUCAGCUCCGAACUGGACGCUGAUCACAGCGUAACCAACUGCGCUCACAGCACCACCCCGGACAACACAAACCCGUUGGGUGCUGCCUGCAGCUCGGGGUUGUCUCCUGACAGAAACCUUGACCCUCCAGACGGCAAGGGGAAGUUACCAGCACCGAUCGAAAAAUCUGAAAGGCCUUCGGAGGCUCCACAGAAAACCUCGGCGAAGCUCCCCGAUGGCGCCGACGUCCAGUGGGCGCAGCCCGCGGCGGCAUUUAACCUGCCCUUGUCUCCGUCUGAGCUGAGGAGCGGAAAGCGCGUGAGGAAGCUGAAGAAGAGGAAGGUGUUGAACAAGGCUCAGGGUGCGGAGCAGCUCCACAGCAGCGACACAGAGAUGGACGAAGAAGCGUCCAGGCCGCGGUGGCUGCGGCAGCGCAGGAGGCCGAGCGGCGGCUCCCAGGUCAGCACCUCCAGCCUGCCGACGGACGAGGGGAGCAGGAAAACACUCGGCACGCCGUGUUUGGCUGUAAAAACCGAAAAAGCGGAGUGGAAUUCUCCCGCAGAGAACUUUGAGGUCGCUGCAGCGGGUCAGCAGCCUCAGAAGGAUGCGUUCGUCCAAGCUCCGCCCCCUCCACCUGUGCUCCCGGAUCAGUGUAAAUCUGAGCAACGCAGCCUGGCGUGCAACGAGGUUUCCUCCACCAGUGACAUGGAUCUGUGCAAAUCCUCUGGGAGCGAUUUGCCUUUUUCCAUCACGUUGCCCAGGACCUCAUCAGACGCAUUCUCUGACCGCGCGGAGGACGGGGUCCCGACUGAAGGAACGUUCUCUGGCCACAAAGAGGCGGUGAAUGCCCUCCAGAUCCACAACGGGCUGCUGUACACGUGCUCCGGAGACCGGACCGUCCAGGCCUUCGACCUGGUGAGCCAUAAAUGCGUAGCUGUGUUUGAGGGCCACAGCUCCAAAGUGACCUGCCUGCUGGUGUCCGCGGCUCCAUCCCUGCACCAUCGCCUUUACUCCGGCUCCAGUGACCAGACCAUCCGCUGCUACAGACUCAAGACGCGAAAAUUUGAGCAACAGUUUGCUUUGUCCGACCGAGUCCUCUGCCUUCACAGCCGGUGGGAGACUUUAUACGCCGGUCUGGCUAACGGUACCGUGGUGACCUUUAACCUUAAGACAAACAAGCAGAUGGGCGUGUUAAAAGUACGCGAGCAUGGCGCCGUCAGCUGUCUGGCCUCGUCGCAGGAAGGGGCCCGGAGGAUCCUGCUGGUCGGCUCCUACGACAACACGAUCAGCGUGAGGGCGGCCCACGACGGACUGCUGCUGCGCACGCUGAAGGGCCACACCAAGAGCGUUCUCUGCAUGAAGGUGGUGAAUGAUCUGGUGAUUAGUGGAUCCAGUGAUCACUCUGUGUAUGCUCACAACAUCCAUACAGGGGAGCUUGUGCGCGCAUUUAAGGGUCACAGCCACGCUGUUACCGUGGUGACCGUUCUUGGGAAAGUGAUGGUCACGGCCUGCCUGGACAAAGUGGUCAGAGUUUACGACCUGCAGUCUCAGGACCAGCUGCAGGUCUAUGGUGGAUACAGUGAUAUGGUGUUGUGCAUGGCCAUCCAUAAGAACAUGAUCUACACAGGAUGUUACGACGGCAGCACAAAGGCCGUGAAGCUGAACCUGACGCAGAACCACCGUUGCUGGUGGCACGGCUGCCCGCUGGUGUUCGGGAUGAUGCAGCAUCUCCAGCAGCACCUGAUCAACAACCACACCAGCGGCAACUUCCAGACCUUUAAGUGCCGCUGGAAAAACUGUGAAGAGUUCUUCAGUGUACGCAGCAGCUCCAAGCAGAUGGUGACGGUGCACAUGCAGAAACAUGCUGAGGAAGAGGCUGCAGCGAAGCCGUAAGGGGCCGGUGGUGGGAGCGUAUUUUCACUAUUAGCCCCCCUCUCCCUCUCUUCCCAUCUCAUCUUAACCCCUCCCUCAUUCAACCUCCCAUAUUGGGCGGGGUAUUUGUUCCCGGGACCCUCUACGCCUGACGGCGCUCCCUCGGAGCCCGACGAGCGUUUGACGACUCCAACCUUUAUGUCCGGCGUUUGAAUCCAACCCGGGGUUCUGCCGCGAAAAGGAAGGGCGGGUUGUGUUGUUUUUAAAAUACAUUCUCAGAAACACUCCUUCCUGUCCUUUUGUUCGACUGUUACUGACCAAAGCGAGAGAAAGAAACACAAAACUUUUUUAUUAGUAUUAUUAUUAUUAUUAUUAUUAUUAUUAUUAUUAUUAUUAUUAUUAUUGUUAAUGAAGAAACUCCAGCGGUGCCCAGGUCUGUGGGAUCUGUUACACGUUUUUUUUUUUUUUUCUGCAACUUUAACAAAAAAAUUUAGAAUUAUCACUUAGAUCCACUGUAAUGCAGCAUGGUUUGAGAUGUUUUUAUAAGUGUGCAGUUGUGAUGUGUUACAUCGAGCGACGUGAAGUUACUUUUUUUUCUUUAUAUUAAGUUGCCGUAAGCUCAGAUUUACGACAGGACUGAGUGUGUUGUUACUGUGUAAUCCCCUCGGCCGUAUCCAAGAGUGUGGUUGGAGUUGAUCAAGAAGUUUUUGUUUGCUACAGUGACUUUUUUUUAUUAUUAUUAUUAUUUGUUUCUCACCCGGCUGUCCCAACGACCGUCUGAUUUGAGAACCAAGACACGAAUGCGGUGGCGUUUCCUACUGUACGUUUUAAUCUGCGUGGAGUUACUCCUUGAUUUUUUUCUUUUGAAGGAACGUGUUAAAUCACACUGUUACGUGAACCUUGUUUAUCAAGAGUGAAGUGAGGUUGUGUUUUAUGUUUUUUUUUGUUUUGUUUUGUUUUUUUUUAUUUUGGUUUUGAAUCGGAGCAUUGAGCAGAAGGCAGUGGAGCUUUAUUUUCCACACCGGUGGUAGUUUUCUCAUGGAGUGUGGAUGUGAAAGGGUGUUGAGAGGAGGUGUUGGACGAAAGAACAAAGAAUAAAGUUUCAUCUCACAUGCCAAAUAGCCAAGUAACCGAUAGCAUAAAUCUGCAUUUUUAAAGGCAGUUUCCACCCAUUUUUACCAGCACGAUGUUCUAUUUAUAUAAGUGUUCAGUUCACCUCUUACCUGGCAUUCCCGAGUUUCUUCAAGUAUUUUCAUUUGUUAUCAAAGUUCUGGAAAACUUUUUUUUUCUCUUUUCAAAGAAGUGCAAUCUAAGAUGUUAAUAAAAAUGUGCAACAUAAAAAAAA